UCAGAAUGUCAAAUUUUGAUUGUUUCCUUUUGUAACGUGAACCUAAAGUGGUAUGUCUACAGAUUGGAUGUCUAUGUGUCAUGGCUAAAGCUAAAGAGCAAGUGAAAACGGAUGCGGCUGAGCUUGCGAAGAUUUCUCGUCAAUCUGACAGGAAGAACAUCCGGGAACUUGGCGUACAGCCAAGUGUUUCUACCCUCUCACUUGGAGGUCUUCAAGAGAGAGUUAGAGAGGCGGAAUGUAACACGAAGAAGCUUGUUGAACGGCUUGCAGAGCUUGGAUUUUCAUCAGAGGUUCGUACUAACGCAGAACUGUCACAACACGAACUACACAAGCCAGUCAGACCAUUUCAAGCAGCAACAGACACAGUACAGAGUGUAAAUGCCAAACUGUGUGAAAUAUCGGAUCGGUUGUGUGCCAACGAGGUGUCUCUAGAGACGUUACAAAAAACCAUCGAGAAGAUUCAACUUCAACAAGCAGCCAUACUUCAACAGAAUGAUAAAAGUUUGGGUGGUAAGACUGUGAAGGUGGUGGGUACGUCUUCGGAGGCAAAGAGAUUGUCUAAGCAUCUGGCGAAGAGUCAGCGUGAGUUGAGGCAGUUGAAGGAGUCUCAGCAGGAUUCUCAUGAUGCUGUGAGGAAGUUGACUUCGGCAUUGGAUAUCGCGACGAGCAACAAGAUGGCAAUAGUGACCAGAAUGGAGGAGAUGAAAGGAGCUAAACAGAAAGCGGUCAACAGAUUGUCAGAGUUGAAAGCCAAGUUGGCACACGAGACAGCAAAGAGAAUUGAGUUAGAGGAAAUGCAGUCUUCUCUACUCACUCAAGUGAAAGAAAUGGACAACGUUGUUGAUGCUACACGAGGAGAAGUGCGCACUCUUUCUCAAGAUUGCACUGUUCUUAGAAAAGAAGUCAUUAGAGCAAGAGAAGAGCUAACAAAAGAGCAACAAAGACGUCUGAAUGCGGAGAAGAAAACAAAACAAAUAAGUGACAAACUAGAGGCAAACAAUGUGAAAGUGGCAAAACUAUCUGAAGAAUUCCAAGCACAGUCAGCUGAGUUCGAAGACACUAAGAAGCAACUUGUACAUGUGCAAGGACAAUACGUUCACAGCCACGAGGAUCUACAAAAGUCAAACGCUGAACUCCAAACAGCAAAGAAUUGCAUUUCUGAUCUACAACAAAAGCUCUCACAGUGUCAAUCAGCGAAAGAUAAGUUGGCUGCUAGUUAUAAAACUGUCGUUGAGAGUGAACAGAAGAAAUCACAUGCAGUGGUACAACGAGAAGAGGAGCUUGAGACGGCACUCACUGAUACUAGAAAGCAGAACAGUGAUCUAUUAGAGAAGGUUGCUCAACUGGAAGACACAAAGACUGAAGCAGUUCAGUUAUUACACGAGGCUCGGCAGCAGCUUGUAUCGGAGCGACAGGACGUGACUAAUUCGGCUGCUGAUAUGGAGCAGACUGUUGCUCUCUUGAGAUGCCAGUUAGACACUGUUGUGGCUGAAAAGCAACAUAUAAUGGUUGAUAAAGAGAAAUUGUUAGAAGAGAUUAAUCAAGCAGUUGAUGGUAUGUCUAAUGAGAGAGAAAAGUUGAAUUCGCAGAUAGAAGAUCUUCAGGCUCGUUUGGCUCAGUGCAACUCAGAGAAAGUCGAGCUUCAAGAAGCUGCUCAGAGACUCCAGGUGGCAAACUCGGCACGUGAAUCUCAAACGGUGUCUUUAAGGCAACAUCAGAAGCUGGCAGUUGAGUUAAAGGAGGUAGAACUCACUAAAGAUAAGAGUCAGCGACAGCUGCAACGAAUGCAAACGAGAGUGGAGAAAUUGGAAUCUCACAAGACAGAAUUGGUUGCACUGAUAACAGAGAUGGAGAAACGUCUUUCUGCGUGUCAAAAAGACAAUGCAAGUGUUGUUGAGUCUUUACACAUGGUCAAUGCAUCCAAUCAACAGCUUCAGGAGAUGCUGGAGAACACGAGGGCUGAACUGGAAAAGAAAGCUCGAGAGGUCGACGAACUGUGUGGUGCAAGAGAGACGUGGAAUGCAGGGAUGCAACAGCUGCAGGAUGAAGUCAAUCAGUUGCAAACACAGUUAGUUACACUGGAGGGAAGUAUGGAACAAUCAGACUCAUCUGCACUACUUCGACUAGAAACGGCUGUCACUCAUUACAAGUCUGAAAACACAUGCUUGCUAGAGUCAGCAGCUCAUGCUAGAGCAAACAUGAAAGCGUGUACAACAGAGAAGAGGAACUUGGAACAGUCUUUAGAAGCAAUGGAGGAGCUUUGUAAGCAAAGAGAAAACGAGAGAGACCAGGUACAGCAUGAAAUGGUGGAGAUGAGAAAACUUAUGAAAUCUAAAGAGUCUCAGCACAAUGCACAGCUGAAGGGUUUACACGAGAAGAAUUCUGAUCUUAUUCAACAAAUGGCUAACCUAAAUACGGAGUACAAGACAUUGGAAGCUUUGAAACAACAGUUAGAGGAUCGACUUUCUACUUCAGAGCAGCAGAUGUCAAAACUAAAGCGAGACGUUAUGGCCAUGAGAGGGCAGUUGUCAAAUGCGAGGAAGAGUCAGGAGAAGGCAGAGAAGCAGCUGCGGAUUACCAAGACAGCCAAACAAUCAAACACAAAAUCAAGGAGUGAUGAUCCAGACAAACUGAGGAGAGACUUGAACGUUCUUGCUGAAGCUCAAGUCAACUCAAAGCGGCUUAUAAGCAACCAACAAGAUGAAUUAGAGCGUAGCAAAGCUGCAAAUGUUUUGAUUGAGCAACGAUGUGAGGAACUUGUGGCCAGUAAAGAGAGAGAAUUAGCCGAGUUUAUGUCAGCUGCUGAACAGCUGAUUGCCGAUGCUCUAGAAAGAUCAUCUCAAGCUACGGCACAAUUACAAGAAGCGAAACAAAGUUACAAGUUGCAACUCACACGCCUAGAAUCGGAACUCAAUCACGAAAAGCAGUCUCAGACAAGUAUGAAAGUGCAAUCUUCACUACAUAAAACAGAACUAGAGCAAGCCCGGUUGAUGGCUUACAAUCAAACUAAGAAAGCACAACAAGCUAUACAGGUGUGUCGUCUGACAGUUGCGAAGCUUGCCAAUCAGGCUGAAGUCGAUCAGUCGUCAUCUACUGAUAAUGUGGCGAGGUUGACAACUCAGCUGCAGAUAGAACGAAAUCUGGCAUCAUCAACUGCGCAAAAAUAUGAGCAAUUAAAGGUGAGUAGUGCAAAACGUUGUAGAGAGUUAGCAGAAGAAGUUACACAUCUGAAAUCAUUACAUACAUCUAGAGAUCAAAUUAACCAAUGAUUCCAAGAUUUAGUUUAGACAAAGAUUGAUGGUCGAUUUAUACAAAUAGUUUUAUACAGUAACAAUGAAGAUUAUGCUUGUUUGUUAAAUAUAGUUUCAAAUAUUUAGACUGUGUUUUGACUUACUGUCUGCAGCUUGUGCUGUACUUAGUAGCUCGUGAUGUGCACAUGACAGACACAAUAAUUAUUGGUACUGCUAGAUGUUCCUAGAACUUGCCAAUGUCUUGUACUACUAUGGUGACACCUGCACCACUAUUUCUUCUCCAGACACCUCAGUUGCUUGAGAUCUUAGUCCUUGUUUAAUCAGUGCAUUAAUCAAAUUGUUACAAUGAGCUGUAGCACCAACGUUCUUUCUCUGAUUCUCCACUGUGACUGUGUGUGCAUGUGUGUGUGUGUGUGUGUGUGUGUGUGUG